GGUGACGCACGCCACGGCCGUUUGGAGCCUGAGACUCAAACAUGGCAGCGCCACCUUCUCCAGGAAGGACAGCCGACCAGGCAGACCAGGUAUGCACCUUCCUCUUCAAAAAGCCUGGACGGAAAGGGGCUGCAGGCCUCAGAAAGCGCCCGGCCUGCGACCCCGAGCACGGAGAGAGCAGCAGCAGCGGGGACGAGGGCGACGCAGUGGCUCGGCCCCCGCGGGUGGAACCGAGGCCCCGGGGCCUCCACAGCUGGCAGAAGGCGGCUCACGGCGACAGGAGGUGCGAGGAGGCGGCGCCUGAGAGCCUCGGCGUAGUGUACAGGUCCACCCGCUCGGCGAAGCCUGUGGGGCCAGAGGACAUGGGGGCCACCGCUGACUUCAAGCAGGACACCGAGAAAGAGCAUCAUACGCAGACCAUCUUCAAGCGCAGCCAGCGGGUCCAGGAGGCAUUGCGGGGCCGGGAGCACGACCACAUCUACCGGGGAAUCCACAGCUACCCGAGGUACCUGACGCCCAAGGACACGUCCAUGGGCAACUCCUCCUCGGGAAUGGCGAGGAGCGGCCCCAUACGUGCGCCAGGGCACCUGCGCGCCACUGUGCGCUGGGAUUACCAGCCUGACAUCUGCAAGGACUACAAGGAGACUGGCUUCUGUGGCUUCGGGGACAGCUGCAAAUUCCUCCACGACCGUUCCGAUUACAAGCACGGGUGGGAGAUUGAACGGGAGCUUGAAGAGGGUCGCUACGGUAUCUGCGAGGACGAAAACCAUGAAGUGGGAAGCGAGGAAGAGGAAAUACCACUGAGGUGUUUCAUAUGUCGCCAGGCCUUCCAAAACCCAGUCAUCACCAAGUGCAGGCAUUAUUUCUGCGAGAGCUGCGCGCUGGAGCACUUCCGGGCCACCCCGCGCUGCUACGUCUGUGACCAGCCAACCGGCGGCAUCUUCAACCCCGCCAAAGAACUGAUGGCGAAACUGCAAAAGCUUCGGGCUGCAGAAAGUGGGGGCAAUUCCCAUUUCACAGAAGACCCCGAUGAGGGUCCAAUUCCCAUGGCUUAGGUUUCCCAUAAUUCUCACAUUUAAAAAUAAAUUUUGUUGUUCUUUUAGGAAAAAAGGGAUGAGAAAGACUCAAGUCUGUUUGGACACUGGGGAGAAGCAGCCUGUUGAGUAAGAUGAGAGAGAUGACAGUCUUCCUGCAAUCCCAUGCCUGAGUAUGUAACCAAAAGAAUUGAAAUCCGGAUCUCAAAGAGGACUGAUCAACCUUCCUGGCCCAAAAUUAUGCCGGGGAAAGCAAGGAAUGGAGCUAGCUUUCCCAGCUCUCCAAGGAAUGGAGGAGCCAUCCUGUCUAGCUCCUCCAGGUGAACAGGCAGAUGCGGCCACAAACAGCAUGACGCAGACGGAAGACACAACCAUCUCUGCCUUUCUCAGAAUUUUCUUUCCUAACAGUGAAGCACGCCAUUUUUUAAAUAAAAAGAAUCAAACCACCAGACAGUCUCUUAGCCCCUACAGUCCUGGCUAAAUUACCUAUAAUCCUGAGAAAAGCAACUGUUCCCUGUCCCUGGUCCCCUGCCAAAGGCUCUGAGCCUGACCUCAGAUUCACACUUUGGGGUUUAUUUAUGUUACUUCGGAGUUACUAUUCUCAAAUGGUACCUAGAGCCUGAGUUCAAUCUUAUGGUACUCUACCUCCAAAACCAAAGCAUCCCACGGACCUGGACAACCUUGAUCUAACAACCUUGAACUUCUGAACUACAAAUAAACUCCUUGGAAUAACCAUCUCCCCAAGAA